UGCUGUUUGUGUCAGGAGGCACUGCAGGACAAAACACCCCCACACGCCUGCUGCUACACACACAGCGGGGUCUAAUGUCCUGUUUUAAGGGGUUUAGCUACAGUAAUAUCUACAGUAGAAACACAGCUGAAGGCUCCUGUGAUUCAGACAGAUAAAUGGAGCUCCUUCCGAUUCUCAGCCCUGAAGACAAGCCUCAGGAAAAGCAAUGGUACUGUGUUGUGCCGAGAGGAGCUGGACCUGGGGUCAGUGUGGGUCACACCUGCACCUAUAUCUCCUCACCUGGAGGGAAAGGAAAGGUGGUGAUUGUUGGAGGAGCGAAUCCAAACGGCAGCUUUUCGGAUUCCUACGUCAUAAAUCUCGACAGUCAUGAGUGGGACGUGCCGGAGUGGGAGGGUCUGCAGGCGAGGUAUGAGCACUGCAGCUUUGUCCCUGAGACUGAUCCAGAGAGUGUGUGGGUGUUCGCUGGAGCUGAACAGAGCGGAAACCGCAACUGCAUUCAGGUCUUACACACCACAGACAGUGGCCCAUGGAAGACAGUAGAGGUGAAAGGAAUGCCGCCCAGUCCCAGAACGUACCACACGAGCUCGGCCUGCGUUGGAGACAGACUGUUCGUGUUCUCUGGUGGAGAUACUGGAGCCACGCCCGUUACUGACCCGCAGGUGCACGUCUUCAACACAGGAACCUCUACAUGGUCCCAGCCAGAGACCACAGGGAGGCCCCCCGCUCCACGGCACGGUCACGUGAUCGUUGCAGUGGGUUCCAGAAUCUAUGUUCAUGGUGGGAUGGCAGGAGAGCGCUUCCACAGCGACCUGUUCUCUCUGGAUACUGAAACUAUGAGGUGGGAGCGGAUAAAAGCUAAAGGAGACGUCCCUCCAGGAACAGCGGCACACUCCGCCGUGGCUUUAGGGAAAAACAUCUAUAUCUUUGGAGGAAUGACUGCAGAGGGAGCCACCAACUCUAUGUACAAGUUUCAGAGUGAUAAACAGCGCUGGACUCUGCUGAGGUUUGAAGGUGACCUUCCUCCGAACCGGCUGGACCAUUGCAUGUGUGUGGUGCCGUGGAGAGAACGGACAGAAGCUGGAGGAGAAGAAAGUGCAGGAAGUUCUGCAGGAGAAACCAAACAGCUGUGCUUUGUGUUUGGAGGAAUGGACACUCAGGGUGUGAUAUUUAACGACUGUCUGGUCACUGUAAUUACAUGAGCACUGUACAUUUAUAUAUAGAGAUGUUUUUUAAUAAAUAGUAAAAGUUUA